AUGUUGAAAAUCAAAUAUCGUUCAUUGUGCUCAAUUUCUUUUCUUAUUUGCACUGUAAUUUUAAUAGCAGAGUAUUCCAGAGUUCGAAGUCCUACUAGUCCCCACAGCCAGAGAUCUCCAGUCCGCUUUUUCAAAAAUGGAAAAAAUAACUGCAGUUGUUUUUCUGAUAAAAGUGGAAAAUCGCAUAAUUUCUGUUACAUAGAUCCUCAAAAUUCAAGCUCCAUUGGGAAGAAAUUUGAUUGUUCUUAUUUAACAGUUUUAGAAAAUUUGAGUUUAAUAGACGAUGUUCAACCAAAUGGCACUGGACUAGAAAAUGUUGUUUUUGUAUCAGCAAUAUCGGAAAAUCAUUUGAACCAAGCCAUGAUAUCGAUUCAUUCGUUUUACAAGUUGAAUCCAACUGGAAGAUAUAUUCUGUACAGUUUGAAUCUUACUGAAUUGAACAUAAAAACGCUGAAAGCAAAAUUCAAAGACAUUGAAAUUCGGAAAUUUAACACUGAUGAAUAUCCGAAGUAUGUGAAUAAUUGGAGCGAAUAUCGUUUUAAGCCUUUAAUUGUGGCACAAGCUCUGAAAGAAUUCCCGAAUAUUUGGUGGAUGGAUGCAGAUGUGAAUGUGAAAAAGUCACACUUGAAGGAGUUGUUUUUCAGUGAAUUAAAAUCAAAUGCAACAAUUAAAAACGGUGAAAACGAAGAAAUAUCUCCCAUCAAAUUCUUUGAUUUUACUGGCCACAGUAAUUAUGCCACUUUGUUUCUCGAUGUUUUAACCUAUUUCCCGACCAAUUCCUUAACACUGCUAAAAAAUGAGAAGAACGGCGUUCAGCUUGGCGCGAAUACUUUUAUUCUAUCUCGGACGAAAUUUUCCAUAGAAAUUUUGAAAUGGUGGGUGCUCUGCGCACUUGACAAGACGUGUAUGAGCCCUCCCGGAGCCCAAGUUGCAUGCCGUUUCAGCAAAGAUAGAUAUAAUGACUUUGCCAAUUGCUUCAGAUUUGAUCAAUCUGUGCUGAAUCUUCUCAUGCUCAAUUAUUAUCAGGAUCAUAAUAAAUACUUGGCUAAACAAACAGAUUUUUUCAGUAGAGUUUGAAUAUUUUGAUUUUUGUAAACUAACUUCUAUUAGACAAAAAAUAAAAUUUAAAGCCA